GGUAAACGCAGUCUUACUCUGGCAGCAGAGCCCGAUGGAGCAGUGGCGCUGUGCGGCGUUCUCGGGGCGGUGAUCACAUAGCUAUGUCUAUGGCUCCUGAACGGUAAUAAGAUCUGUCUGGUCCUGUAACGACCAACACUAGGGGUCGCUGUGCUCCGCCAUGGAUUAAAGCCCCUCACACAUGUCUGAGGGUCUCGUGCAAAACAAACCCCCUAAGAAGCUGCGGAGAAUCCAGUCAUGGCGAGAAGAGCGGCAGUCGGCGAGACCGAGGACGAGUUCUCCUUCGUCAGCCCUGUGGUGAAGUACCUGCUCUUCUUCUUCAACAUGCUCUUCUGGGUAAUAUCUAUGGUGAUGGUGGCCAUUGGAGUCUAUGCACGGCUAAUGAAACAUGCUGAGGCUGCUAUGGCAUGUCUUGCUGUGGACCCUGCAUUACUCCUUAUUGCGGUUGGCGUUUUAAUGUUCCUCAUUACAUUUUGUGGAUGCAUUGGGUCUCUGCGGGAAAACAUCUACCUCUUACAAGCGUUUUCUAUAUGUCUGACAUUGGUGUUUCUACUCCAGCUGUCCGCGGGCAUAGUGGGAUUCGUCUUCUCUGACAAGGCUCGGGGGAAGGUCAGUGAAGUGAUCAGUAAUGCAAUUGUUCACUACAGGGAUGAUCUGGACCUACAAAAUCUCAUAGACUUUGGACAAAGAGAGUUUAAUUGUUGUGGAGGAAUAUCUUAUAAAGAUUGGUCCCAAAACAUAUACUUCAAUUGUUCAUCAGAAAACCGAAGUCGAGAACGAUGCUCUGUACCCUACUCCUGCUGCCUCUACAGUGAAGAUGAGGCUGUCGUGAAUACCAUGUGUGGGUAUGGUAUGCAGACGCUCAACUACUUAGAAGCAGGAGAAUUUAUACACACCAAUGGAUGCAUUGACAAACUGGUCAACUGGUUGCAUAGUAACCUUUUUUUGCUUGGAGGGGUUGCACUUGGUCUGGCUAUCCCACAGCUGGUUGGGAUUCUCCUUUCACAGGUUCUGAUUAACCAGAUCAGAGACCAAAUAAAACUCCAAAGAUAUAAUCUGCAGCAUCGCACAGACCCUUGGUACUGACAGAAGGGUAGGCGUUUGCGCCCAACACUACUCUGAACAGCAAGAGCGCAGCAGACAAGGAAAAAACACACAGGAACCAAAGUGGUGAUGAAGCAGAAUCCAACAGUGCAAAGAGGAAGCAGCAACCGAACAUCCGUCUGGACCACAACCAUAGUGCUGAUUGUUGGAUUUAGUUGUUACACAUUUGGAGGAAGCAUCUGUACUUGUAGAAUUACCUCAUUGGUCAGUAUUACAUUUUAAAGUCAAAGGGGGAGAUUUAUCUAAACUUGCGCAGAGGAAAAGUAGAGCAGUUGCACAUAGCAACAAAUCAGAUUCCAUCUUUCAUAUUUUUAAAAGCCCUUUUAGAAAUGAAAAAAGCUAUUGCCCAGCAUGAGCAGUGAGUGUGAGACUACUGAUAGUAGCCAACACUCACUGCUCCAAAACGAGCGCAGCUCGCUUAAGUACCAGGACACAAGGGCAUACCUGUACGCCCUUCAUCCGUAACAGGUUAAUCUAAUGCCCGUGGUGUCUAAUCUCUGUGGUCAGUGGAAACCAGGAUUUCCACUGGUGUCUAGCAGCUAGUUAUUGCUCACUACCUAUUAAAAUAACAUGGAUAAAACAACCAUAUAUAUUUCUAGAGGAAUUAUGGUUUAUGGGGGAGAUUUAUCAUUUCUUUUAGACCAUUUUUUUUGUCUAUGUUUUGGCGCAGUUCAGGCGCAAGCAGCAAAUUUUGAGACUUUUAUGCGUCUUUUGAUAUAGACAGUUUUACUCUUUUUUCCUACCCGUAGAACUUUUUCUUUUUGACCAUGCAGUGGUCACAUUUAUCAUUUGCGACUUUUGUCAAAAGUCGCUAUUUUGUGCGCAUAGGUACUUUUAUAGGUGCAAAUCUACACCACCUACCAGUAGGCGUGAGAAUAAUUUCUACCUUCCACAAUUCAACCUUUAACCCCUUGUAGACGACAGCAUCCCACUCCCCUUCUAUGACACGGGCUCAGGAGCUGAGCGCAGGUCAUAGCUGGGUGGUCCUGGUGGCUAUCUGCCACCAUGACCCAUCUCUAAUGCCAGACAUCACCGAUCACGGUGAUGCCCGGCUUUAACCCCUUAGACACCACAAUCAAAUUUGAUUGUAGCAUCUAAAAUGCAAGUAAAAAUGUCCCGGCAGCUGUGUGAAAGUAAGUAAAAACACCUAACCUGCCAAAUUCAGGACCCGGGAAAGUGUCUACUUCCCUCCCUCACAAGUGUCUAGAAAAAGUGUAUGUGGUAGAGCUUUUCCCACCCACAGCAGAGCUGCGCAAAAUUCAUCAUCCUGCGGCACCUUCUUGAUAAAUAAGAUGAACGCUAGUCAAACCCACCACUAAAAUAAACAUGUGAAAAUAGCUCUAACGUAGACAUUCUUUGAUAAAUCUGGGCCUAUCUUCUUUUUAACACCUGUCACAUAACUGUUUCCAGCACAACUUGCCUUAAAGGGGUUUUCCAAUCUUAUAAAGUGAAGACACAUUGAUAGGCUAUCACUUUAUGAUCAGUGGAGGUUUGAGUGUUUUUCUGACCGUGUAAACUGCAGCAAGGCCUAGUGACAUAGAGGUGCUAUUAGCUGAGGUAUGAGUAGUAUAGUCCUCAUACUUAGAGAUGCUAAUAUAAAAAUUCAGCUUAGAAUUUAUUUAAAAUAUUUUUUUUGGAAUGUCCCUAUUUUGAUAAUAAUAAAAAAAAAUAUCUGUGAGCAACAGCUAUACAGCAUGAGAUCCCAUCAAAUAACUCCUCAUAUCUCUGCUUCCUCGGUAUAUGAUAUGGGAAUAUUGGGGUUAAUAUCAGACACUCCUGCAAAACCUUAACUUAAAGUUCAUGGACCCCAAUGUAACAUGGACCCCACCUGCCAUCUAAUAUUUAUAGUACUGGUAUUUUCUUAUGUGGUAGAGAAGCCAUUGAGUCCCCACCAGGGCACAUUCAAAAGGACUGGGAAAUAUAAAGGAAGGACUUACACUUCUCCUUUCUAUUGGAUCCACUUCUGACUUAGGCUCAAAAACUGCAGUUAAAAAAAAAAAGCCAGAAAAAAAACCUGUGUGGAAACCUAGCCUUAUGUUUCCGCAUGAAAAUUCGGCAUGAAUUUAUAACCACUACACUUCAAUGGGAUUCCGCUGUUCCACAUUGCAGAAUUUCUUCUGCAGGAAUUCUAUUGAAGUGAAUGCACAAUUAACUUCUGCGCAAUUUACUGCUGAAUUUUCAUGCAGAAUUCUGUGCAGAAAUUCUGCUGUGUGAACAUAGCCUUAGGCUGGGUACACGGAAGAAUUUCUGCACGGAAUACUGCAUGAACAUUCUGCCUGAAUUUAUAGCCAAUUCUCUUCCAUUCAUAUAGCAGAAUUUCUGCUGCAGAAAUUCCAUUGGACAGUGUAUUGGCUAUAAAUUUAUGCAGAAUUUUCAUGCAGAAUUCAGUGCAGAAAUUGUGCCAUGUGAACGCGGCCUUUAUUGUGCAUCCACUGUUGACUGCAAUACUGACCAAUAGACUGAGCUCUUGAAAUAAGAGUUGUAGCCGUGUGUUUAGCUGAAAUGCAUUGUUAUGUCUUGACAUUUUGUAAUCUAAUGCUUCCAUGAAGCGUGUGUGACUACAAAAUAAACAUAUCAUUUCAACUAAAGGGCUUUGCUAACAAAUCUGUCCUUUUAGGUCCUGUGUAUAACAGUAAACUGUGUAUUUUUGUAUGUGUUAUAUAACAAAGUGACCUAUUUUCUUAUGCUCUCAAAGCUGUGUGUAAGUCAGUUGGAAAGGAACUGUUUAAAUGUUUGUUCUAUUUGGAUUGUAUUUAAUACUUGGAGAAGAAUGUAUUGUAAAGACAAAAUUACUGGAGGAUUAAAUAAAAUACAAUAUGAUGUAAUCACA